CAAAAAAAAGCAGAAGACAAACAACAACAAAACAAGAAAACAAAAGAAGCUUAAAUUUAAAUUAUUAUUUAGGAAAUAAUGCAAAGUUUUAAAAUGUGUCCUUGAAUGAUUAUUUUAAUAAAACUACUCAAACAAAGAAGACAAAACAACUGUCAAACAAGCAUCCAGCAGCAACCACAAUCAAAAUAACAACAACCAAAAUAAGUGUCAUCAAGCCUUUUCAUAUUUCUACUGCAUUUUAUAGAUGAUAUUGUUGUUAUUGUUGUCUUAAGUCUCAUUGACUGUCACAGGAAGUGAUGUCAUUUUAACAACAAAAACCUCAUCUUCAAAAGCUCUCUUUGCUUUCACAAACGAACAAAAACAAACAACUCACUUAACAAACUUUGACAACUUGUCAAAUGUUUGUAAGAAUAAAACUUUAAUUUGCAAAUAAACCUAAGAUUUGAAAAUCUAAAAGGAAUACUUUACUUCAUCCCAAUAAAAAGAAAUAUUUAAAAAACAUAUAAUUUUAAAUUUAUAAAAAAGUGUUGUUGUUCUUGUGCAAUUGUAAUUUCAAAGGUUUUGUGUUUUAUUUUAUUUUUAAAUUGCAAAAAUGCCUUUAAUAAGGCAUCCUCGAAAUGUUGUGCCUCCUUGUAGAAGAGCAGCAGCCGCAGCCAGAUCAUCAUCAUUUCAUGGUUGUUUAUGUUAUUUAAUCGUACUUAGCAUAUGUCUGCCAAUAUUUAUUAAUAACAGUCCUGGUGUUCGGGCUGCUGUUGUUGCUGUACCAACAACAACAGCAACAAAGUCCUCAAUGAAUAAUAUCAAAACGGAUACAGCACAGUCAAAAGCUUAUUCAACAUCAACGUCAUCACCAUCAUCAUCAUCACCAUCAUCUACUUCUAAGUUUGUAACGGGUGCUACUUCAAAUAAUUUCCCUAGUUUAGAUGAAGAUUUUUCAUCACAUUCUGUGAUACGUCCAAAAAUUCAUCAUGCCAGACAUAAAAGGGAACUACGUCACACAUUAGAUGCGGAUGGUCUACAUGCAUCUCAUAUCACUUUAACGUAUCAUCAUAAAGGUCAAAAAAUUUUAAUUGAUCUUAAACGUAACGAUGACUUACUGCCUUCAGAACAUUUUUUACGUUAUCAAAAUUCGAAUACAACACAAGGACAUGUUGUGAAAAAUUUUACCAAGACUGAAAUUGAAUUGUGUCAUUAUCAGGGUUCUAUACGUGACCAACCUCAAUCGUAUGUUGCUGUUUCGACGUGUAAUGGCGGCAUUAAUGGCAUCAUUUUCGAUGGCAUUGACACAUUUUUCAUACACUCUGGCAGUGAUGGACAAUUGUAUGAUGAACAUUUUUUGUAUAGACAUGGUGAUUUUACUAAAAAUACCACUUGUGGUUAUGAUCAUGAACAUCAUGAAGAAAAACAAGAUUUUCUCAAGAAUUUGGAAGACAAUAAGGUGCCUGAUAUAGCCAAUCAUAUAGAUGGCUUAGAAUUUAAUCGCAUUUUAAGGCAUAAACGUUCUUAUGAUGACAGUAAUAUGAUACGCGGACCCUAUAAUUCCAAUAAACAUUCAUCCUAUGUGGAAAUCGUUAUAGUGGUGGACAAUAAAGCGUUUAAAUCUUUUAAUGAAAAUAUCAAAAAAGUUCAUCAACAUUGUAAAGAUUUGGCCAAUAUUAUGAAUGCUCUCUAUGUUCCUUUAAAUAUUUUCAUAGCUUUAGUGGGUGUUGUUAUAUGGAAUGAAUCAAAUGAAAUUGAAAUAACACCUGAUGCUGAUGUAACCUUAAGAAAUUUUUUGAAUUAUAGACGCACGAAAUUGGUAUUGGAGCAUCCAAAUGAUUCGGCUCAGCUGUUGACAAAAAUUAAGUUCGAUAAGGGUGUAGUAGGCAAAGCUUUUAAAGGACCCAUUUGCACCCACGAAUACUCUGGCAGUGUUAGUGUAGAACACAGUCCUGUAGUUGGUGUUGUGGCCACCACAAUGGCCCACGAAUUGGGUCAUAAUUUUGGCAUGGAACAUGACUCCUCCGAUUGCAAGUGUCAAGAUGAAAAGUGUAUUAUGUCUGCCAGUAGUACGUCAGUAUUACCCACCCAUUGGAGUUCCUGUAGCAUAGAUCAAUUAAAUAUUGCCUUUUCAAGAGGCAUGAACUAUUGUCUACGCAAUAAACCCACUAAACUAUUCGAUUCGCCACAAUGCGGCAAUGGUUUUGUGGAACCGGGCGAACAGUGUGAUUGUGGUCUGCCCAAUUAUUGUGAAAAUACCUGCUGUGAUCCUUAUACUUGUAUGUUGCAUACAAAUGCCUCUUGUGCCACCGGAGAAUGUUGUGAUUUAACCACCUGUCGACCCAAAGUUGCCGGCACCGAAUGUCGUAAUGCGGAAAAUGAAUGUGAUUUGCCCGAAUAUUGUACCGGAGAAUCGGAGUAUUGUCCGCGUGAUGUUUUCAAACGUGACACAGAAGAGUGUGACAAUGGCCAGGCUUAUUGUUAUCAGGGCAAUUGUAGAUCUCAUUCAUAUCAAUGUCGCAUAUUAUGGGGACCAACAGGAGAAAACUCUGAACCUUGUUAUGCCCAAAUGAAUGUCCAAGGCCAGAGAGUGGGUAAUUGUGGUUACAAUCGCUUGAAUAGUACCUAUAUAGCCUGUGAAGAAGAGAAUGCUUUGUGUGGCAUGUUACACUGUCGACAUUUAAAUGAGAAACUAGAAUUUGGCAUGGAAACAGCGGCGGUUUUGUCGCAUUCUUUUAUAACGCACGACAACAAUAUUGUGCCCUGUAGAUCAGCUUUAGUCGAUUUGGGUUUACAGUUUAUGGAUCCGGGAUUAACACCUAAUGGCGCCAAAUGUGGUGAUAAUAAAAUGUGUGUUGACCAGAAGUGUUUAGCCAUAGAACAUUUGCGUUAUACUGGAAUGGGCAAGGAAUGUCCGGAGAAUUGUAAUGGCAAUGGUAUAUGCAAUAGCAAGGGUAAUUGUCACUGUAAUAUAGGAUUUACGGGACCUACUUGUAAAAUGCCAGGACCAGGAGGUUCAGUAGACAGUGGUCCAGCCACCAAUCCUAAUAGUCACGAAGCUUUCCAACGCUUUUUGUAUAUCUUCUUCUUUGCCGUUCUACCCAUUAUGGCAGCGUUCUGUUUCUUCAUGUACUAUUGUCGUCAUCAUCCGCUCUUCGUUGGUGGCAAAUUGGCUGAAAAUAUUAUUAAAUCAGCCAGCGGUGCUAAACAACCGCCUAGAGGACCACACGCUAAUAGCGGCAAUCAAAUGCAGGCUAACGGUUUACCCAAAUCUACACCCAGCAGUACGGAUGAUAUGAAUUCGGCUUUGUUGAAAUCGCCGAGUGAUUCGAAUGAUAAUGUGGGCAAUGGUGGUUUGUAUGGCAAAUUUAAAGGUUUCACCUUAAGGCCUCUAAACGAUGCCACCUCACCGACCAAUAACUUUACCGGACCAAAUGUAGCCUAUGUACAGCCAACUUUACAGGAUAAUUCAAUGCAGGUACCACAGAGAGUUGCACCACCACCUCCUCUCAAGCCCAGUGAAGUUAAAUUGAAUGGCACUUUAACGAGGAAAGCUCCUGCAGUUCCUAUUGCCCCCAAUACAGCACCAGGCCCAGCCUUACCUCCCCCAAAUCCUGGUUCUACUGCUCGUCCCAUAAUUUCCAUGCCAGUAUUAGAGAAUUCCACACUCACAAUGUCUCCUACUAGACCAGCUCCAACGGUACCAGAAGUGGAAUUCUUAAAACCGGCACCACCGCCACCAGUACCUUUACACAAUGAUCCCAAAUUAAAUGUCAAAAGAGAUGGCACCAUACGGCGCAUAACUUCGUUUCUAAAGAAAGAAGAAAAAGUGCCGCCAAAGGAAAAAACCUAUAUAGAUCGUGAGAAAUUGAAAAAUUUAGAAAUAUCCGCACCCAUUCCCCUCAACAAUUCACCGCCUGGUGAAUCCUCCAAUUCAGAUUCGGAAACUUUAACACCCAAAGAGGAAGAAACCAAAAAUCUAGUUAAACGUGCCCAAUCUAUGCGUUCGCCUACUAAAAAAGCCAAUAUACCAACCUUUGGUUCUAUGCGUCAAACCGCCCAGGGACAAAGUAGACCUAAAAGUGCCGUUUCCUCGCAAACACUAAAUGCGGCAAGACCGAAAAGUCCUCCGCCUAGACCACCACCAUUAAAGAAAACCAAUUCAACUACAUCGUCUGGUUAUCAAUUGCCCAUAGCAGUUAAACGUGGACCAGAACACACCUACGAUGAUUGUGAGUUUGUCGAACAGCCUUUGGCCAGUGUAGAGGAACAAGACUCUCCCUUGCAGCGAGCUAGCACCAAUGAAAAUGAUAACAUCUAUUCGGUUAUAGAUGAAAUACCACCAGCUGCCCAGACUAUUAGACGCAGUGAUUUGGUGGGUAGCCAACGUAAUAGUGUGGCGAGUAGUACAGAUAUGGGACUGUUGGGUGAAAUAGUCAAUGAAAUUGAAAAGCGUAAUGGUGGCGAUUCGAUAUAUUCAGCCACAGCUACGAAUCUAGUUAAACAAAAAUCCAAAGAUGAAACACAAAAACCCAAAGUGGAGGAAGUGAAAAAAGAAGCAACCGCCACAAAAGAGUCUCAAAUAAAUACAAAUACUAAAACUAGUUUAAGUACAACACAACCCCAAACAUCCUAUUUAAGGCCAGCUCCAGUGAAUGCGCCCAUAGCACGAGUGGCCCCCACAAGAUCCGAUAUUUCACCCACCAAUGCAUUUUCAAGUUUUAAACCACCGCCUCACUCAACAAACACAGCAGCAGCCAGCUCAUCAUCAUCGGCAUCAUCUAGUGCAGCGAUACAUAAAUUUAGCGGAGCUGGAGCAGCCAAGGCUAAAACUUUUGGUCAAAAAAGCGUAACACAAAAAACACUGCCAGCAAAUGGUGUGGCCAAUAAACCAAGUGCUACCAUACAGAAACCCAAGCCAUUGUCGGCAAAGCCUUCAUUCAACAACAACAUCAAUGCAAAGAAGCCAACAAAGGCCCCAACAGCACCCACUACCACAGCAGCUGCUAGAUCAACGAUUUCGGGGAAACCAUCGACUACAGUGGCAUCAUUAACGCAAAAAUUUGAACCCCCUUCUAAAACGAGUAGCGCCAGCACAAUAACAUCGACGACGACGUCCUUAAGAAAAUAGUUUUAAGUUAAGAAGUUAAUUAGUUAUUAUAUAAUUUAAUACUAUUAUAUAUUAGAAAGGUCCCUUAGGUAUGGAGAAAACAUAAGAUGUUCUGAUGUUUUCAAAAAAAAAAAAAUCAAUAUUUGGUGAAUUUUAUUUUCGCUGAGAACAUCAAUAACUUACAUUUUCGGUGACCCUGCUAAAUAUUAUUCUAAAACUAUAAACGCACUGAUUUCGAUUUAGA